ACGGGGUCUCAUUGGAAUUAUAAAAAAAAACAUAAAAACACUGUAAAAUAUAUAUUUUUUUCUCACCUUUUCUCUCAUCAAGUCACCAAACAAUUCUUCAAACCCUUAAUUGAAGAAUCCCAAAGAGAGAAGAGUAGUCUCUCUGGACCCUCACAAAAGUCCCCACACAAAGAUGGAUCCCAAGAACCCAAAUCGUCACCAAGUACCAAACUUUUUGAACCCACCACCAACAAACCAGACCAUAGCAGAUGAGGCAGACAAUCAUCCUUCCAAACCUGCUGAAGUUAAGGACUUUCAGAUCGUGGUCGCUUCCGACAACAAUACUAAGAAGCAACAGAACCAGCUUGGUCCUAAGAGAAGCUCUAACAAAGACAGACACAUCAAAGUGGAAGGCAGGGGUCGGAGAAUCAGGAUGCCUGCUCUCUGCGCGGCUAGGAUUUUUCAAUUGACUAGAGAAUUGGGUCACAAAUCUGAUGGUGAGACUAUCCAGUGGCUGCUUCAACAGGCUGAGCCGUCGAUUAUUGCAGCCACCGGUUCAGGGACUAUACCGGCCUCUGCUUUAGCCUCAGCUGCUGCUGUGUCUAACCACCAUGGUGGUGGGUCUUCUCUCACUGCUGGUUUGAUGAUCAGUCAUGAGUUGGAUGGUGGUGGUGGUGGGUCUAGUAGUGGAAGGGUGAAUUGGGGAAUUGGUGGUGGAGGAGGAGAAGGAGGUUCUAGGUCAGGGUUGUGGCCAAAUGUAGCUGGGUUUGGAGCUGGUGUGCAGAGUAGUGGGAUGAUGAUGAGUGAUGGAGGUGGUUAUAGGAUUGGGUUUCCUGGGUUUGAUUAUUCUGGUGGAGCUAUGAGUUUUGCAUCUAUUCUUGGUGGUAAUAGUCAGAUGCCUGGGCUUGAGUUAGGGUUGGCUCAGGAAGGGAAUGUUGGGGUGUUGAAUCCACAGUCUUUUGCACAGAUUUAUCAGCAGCAGAUGGGUCAAGCUCAGGCUCAGGCUCAAGCUCAGGGAAGGGUUCUUCAUCAUACUCUUCAGCAUAACCCAACAACACAUGAAGAGCAGCAGCAAGAGAGUGGUGAGAAAGAUGAUUCUCAAGGCUCAGGGCGUUAAAUUAAGCUUUUUUUAAGAAAACAUUUUGAUUUUCUAUUGUGGAUUUUGAAAAGCUUUUGGCUUUUUGUUUUGUUUUGUUUUGUUUUUUGUGAUAAUAUUUGUUGUAAUUUUGUACAACUAGCAUGGAGAAGAAAAGAAAGGUUUAUAUGAGUGAGAGUGAAAAUCUAUGCUUAUUGAAACACACAGGUAAUCACAGGAUGAUGCAAGGGAGACUCUUAAGAGAUUUUUUGAGUGUUGGUGGCAUUUCUUUUUUGGAAGUUGCUGGUUGAAACUUGCUGGUGGUGGGGGUUGUUAAUAGACACAGCCCGAGAGAUUGUUUGUACCUUUAUUGAAGCUUUGGAGUCUUUAAGUUUGAUCUAGAGAGAGCUUGCUUUUCACUUUGUUCUGUGUGUUGUUACUUCUUUUGAAUAUCAAAGAAACCAGCUUUUUGAUAGUACAAUGGUAAUGUAUAGUUUGCCUUCCAUCACAUAAUGAAGAUUACAGUUUCUACAA